CUCUAUGCCAGGUUCAUAGGAGGCAUUCGGCUAGGAAAGCCAGACUCAUACAUCGAAGUGGUUCCAGACAACGGACCUGCGAUUCGCACGGCGGUUCAGAGGAAAUCGUCGUAUCCGACAUGGAAUGAAAAAGUCAUGCUCCAACUCAUUCUCAACGCCCCGGACAGUGUUCGACUUACUCGAGUGGCCGACUUGAAAAUUCUAAUUAACGGUAAUGUUGACAUCAGCAACUCAGCAGAGGAAACGGCAGCACCUUCGUCGACCGCCUCCGAUUCUGGUACAGCACUUGUUGCUACAGCAGUCGUCAACGGCGAAGUCGGAACUUCAGAUUCGGGUACCUUUUUUCAACAUUCGGCCAGUUCGCAGAACAUCGGAUCUACAUCAUCGGCUUCUCUGGCUUCUGACCACGCGUGCGCGAUGCCACAUUCGAACUCGGCCGGCAACGUCGCCGCCAACUUGACCUCUGGCACCAGUGCCACGGUGGCGACGCCUGCGGUCGACGACGAUAGCGAGGCCACACCGUUAGUUCCACCGCGCCAUCGGAUUCGAAACAGAACCCGUAGGGCGGGGCUGAGUGGCCGUGAUCGUCCGGUGCUAAGCUUGACGGAUGCGUUCACUCGCAUGUUCUUAGAUCCUGUUGCUACCGACACUGCGUCAUCAAGCAACAGUGUUGCUCGCGUACCGCCAGUUGCCGAUGCUUUACCGGAUAUUGCUUCGGAACCACGUUCAGAUGUGAUGGGUACGCCUAUAAAUAGCGGCGCUUUUGCAACUAGGCCUGCUGGUACAGAAGAAGACCCUCUUCCUCUCGGUUGGGAAACUCGUUUCGACGAGUAUGGACGAAGGUACUAUGUUGACCACAACACUAGAAGUACAACAUGGGAACGGCCGACAUCUGAACCUCUUCCUCAUGGGUACGUUAAUAAGUUGUGUAUGGCACUAAAGCGCUUAUUAGAGCUCUGUGCUAACGAACGACAACGCAAGGUGUUUUACAAGUCAGCGCAUUUUCCCUGUACGUAUUGUUAUUUGACGAUCCAUUUGUUUGUAACUUGGGAAGUGCGACGAGAUCCUAGAGGACGCAUAUAUUACGUUGACCAUAACACACGGACGACUACCUGGCAAAAACCGACACCCGGCAUGAUAUUGGCUCACAGACAGUGGCAGUCGGGCAGAGAUGAAGCACGUCAGCAAUGGCAGCAAAGAUUUUUAUGCGUACGAAAAAAUUCCCUUCUGGGAGCAGCACAAGCAACGCUGUUGGUACCGACCGGUUGGACCCGCUUCCGGAAGGAUGGGGUAUGUGUGGAUUUCAAUUUUUUCUUUAGUUAGCA